UGCACCCGACCCAGUGAGGACCCGGGACCGUAGCGGCCUAAGACCACCAAGCUGAUGGCGUCUUCCACACCUUCUUCGUCCGCAACCUCCUCGAACGCAGGAGCGGACCCCAACACCGCCAACCUGCGCCCCACAACGUAUGACACUUGGUGCGGCGUGGCCCACGGAUGCACCCGAAAACUGGGGCUGAAGAUCUGCGGCUUCUUGCAAAGGACCAACAGUCUGGAAGAGAAGAGCCGCCUCGUGAGCGCCUUCAGGGAGAGGCAGUCCUCUAAGAACCUGCUUUCCUGCGAGAACAGUGAGCGCGAGGCCCGCUUCCGGCGCACGGAGACCGACUUCUCCAACCUGUUCGCCCGAGACCUGCUUCCGGCUAAGAACGGGGAGGAGCAAACCGUUCAGUUCCUGCUGGAGGUGGUGGACAUCCUCCUUAACUAUGUGCGCAAGACGUUUGAUCGUUCCACCAAGGUGCUGGACUUCCAUCACCCACACCAGUUGCUGGAAGGCAUGGAGGGCUUCAACCUGGAGCUCUCCGACCAUCCCGAGUCCCUGGAGCAGAUCCUGGUGGACUGCCGAGACACCCUCAAGUAUGGCGUCCGCACAGGUCAUCCUCGGUUUUUCAACCAGCUGUCCACUGGGUUGGACAUCAUUGGCUUAGCUGGCGAAUGGCUGACGUCGACUGCCAACACCAAUAUGUUUACCUAUGAAAUUGCGCCAGUGUUUGUCCUCAUGGAGCAAAUAACACUGAAGAAGAUGAGAGAGAUAGUUGGAUGGUCAAGUAAAGAUGGUGAUGGAAUAUUUUCUCCUGGGGGAGCCAUUUCCAACCUGUACAGCAUCAUGGCUGCCCGCUACAAGUACUUCCCGGAAGUUAAGACUAAGGGCAUGGCUGCUGUGCCAAAACUGGUCCUCUUCACCUCAGAGCAUAGUCACUAUUCCAUCAAGAAAGCUGGGGCGGCACUUGGCUUUGGAACCGACAAUGUGAUUUUGAUAAAGUGCAAUGAAAGGGGGAAGAUCAUCCCAGCUGACUUAGAGGCAAAAAUUCUUGAAGCCAAACAAAAGGGGUAUGUUCCUCUUUAUGUCAAUGCGACUGCGGGCACGACUGUUUAUGGAGCUUUUGACCCAAUACAGGAGAUUGCAGAUCUUUGUGAGAAAUACAACCUCUGGCUGCAUGUCGAUGCUGCCUGGGGCGGAGGGCUGCUCAUGUCGCGGAAGCACCGCCACAAGCUCAGCGGCAUUGAAAGGGCCAACUCUGUCACCUGGAAUCCUCACAAGAUGAUGGGCGUGUUGCUGCAGUGCUCGGCCAUUCUCGUCAGGGAGAAGGGGCUACUCCAAGGAUGCAACCAGAUGUGUGCAGGCUACCUCUUCCAGCCAGACAAGCAGUACGACGUCUCCUAUGACACUGGGGACAAAGCAAUUCAGUGUGGCCGCCACGUGGAUAUCUUCAAGUUCUGGCUGAUGUGGAAAGCCAAGGGCACAGUGGGAUUUGAAAAUCAGAUCAACAAAUGCCUGGAACUGGCCGAGUACCUCUAUGCCAAGAUUAAAAACAGAGAAGAAUUUGAGAUGGUAUUUGAUGGUGAGCCUGAACACACCAACGUCUGUUUCUGGUAUAUUCCACAAAGCCUCAGGGGUGUUCCUGACAGCCCUGAGCGAAGGGAAAAGCUCCACAGGGUGGCUCCAAAGAUCAAAGCUCUAAUGAUGGAGUCAGGCACCACCAUGGUUGGCUACCAGCCUCAGGGGGACAAGGCCAACUUCUUCCGGAUGGUCAUCUCGAACCCGGCUGCAACCCAGUCGGACAUCGACUUCCUCAUUGAGGAAAUAGAAAGACUGGGCCAGGACCUGUAAGCAUCCAUGGCAGAACCUGAGUUGGUGGGGAAUUGCCAUUCCCCUCUGACCUCCUAGAGCAAACCUCCAUGUGUUACGGAAACACACAGACCAUUCCAUGGAGGGAAAAUGCAAUCUGUCGACGACAACCAUCCAAUCCUUCCUUGAGCUUGUUGUAGUUAGCAGGACUUAGGUUCUUUUUCAGCAGUUGCACAUUAGGAGCACAGUACAUAUGCACAGUUAUCUAGACCUCUCUCUAUAUGUAUGUAUAGUGAGUGGACUUAGUCUUACGCCACAGCAUGUCACUGAGGGGCUAAACAUGCUACAAACCAGCUUGUCCAUCAUCUGCAGACCAGAUGUUUUUCAGAAUGCCAUGUCCCAGGGGAGUGGCCCUCUGUCCGUGCUUCUCUCCUACCUGAAGCACUGAUGGGUGAGAACAGGCACCAGUAGCUGACAGGAGUCACACCCUCCCCUUUAGUGACCAGCUAGGGGAAAGCAGAACGGAGUCCUUGGUGCAGGUGUACUAUGGCCGCAUUUUUAGAGAUUAUUUUGUGUAGAUUGUGUAAAUUACUGUC